CCGUGCGCGCCCCGACCGGCGCGGCCGAGCGUCGCCCCACCGCGAGCAGUCAGUGUGUUCGGUGGUCGUGCGUCGGACGGCCGUGCAGUGCGAGACGCUGCCUUCGGACCCUUCCUAGCGGCUUUCAUUUCUUUCAUUUUAUUUUCCUUUGUUUUUAACGAGUCUCGCCGGUACACACGUGCUCUACGAUACGCUCGCUCACGGGAAAAAACAUUUUGGUGACCACCAGAGCAUCCUACACUCAGUAGCACUUUAUUAUUAAUAAACACAAUUUUAUUUUAUUAUUUCAAUAUAUGUGUCAAUUUGACUUUUUUUAAGUUACGCAUUGAAAUUACAGGAUAUGGAUUAUAUAGCGGAAUACUAACAUGGCUUCUUUCGUUACUAACAAAUGAUCAUAAAGUUUGAUAAAUAGUUUUAUAGGGCUUUUACCCGUGUGGUCGUAUAGUUUACAUGUGUAGUGAGUGAAAAAAAAAAACCUUUUAAGAGCUUAAAUAGUGGUGUGAGCGCGUUCUGUGACAAUUCAGUGAACAACGAAAAUUGUAAUUUCUUUAAGGAAAAUAAUUUAACAGUAAACGAUAUAUUUUAAAACCUGAAUACUUUUUGACGACUCAUUCAGCUAGCACGUGAAAGUUGGUGAUAAGACUGAAGAUCAUCGGAUCGAGGCCAGCUUAGAGCGUACGGAAUUGGAUUUAUCAACGCUUUGAGACUUUGAAAGUUACUUCGGCGUCCGAUGACUGCAACGGUUCCUGAAGAGAGGCUGCCAAGUUGCUGCUUAUUCUGCAUUCAUACCAUGUCGUAGAGAGGAGUGCGCUGUCGGCAAGCGAGGCGCUCGAGUGGCGGCCACGAUGAUCGCCGCGGCGCUGUUGGCAGCACUGCUCCUCCGGCUGAGUGGCGCCGGCGCUGUGGACACGUCCCAGUGCAUCGCUCCUCUGGGGAUGGAGUCCGGGGCCAUCAAGGACGAGGACAUCUCGGCCAGCUCGUCCUUCGACAGCGGCAACGUGGGGCCGCAGAACGGCCGGGUGCGGACGGAGAACCACGGCGGCGCGUGGUGCCCCAAGCACCAGAUCACGACGGAGCCCAAGGAGUGGCUGGAGAUCGACCUGCGCUCGGUGCACAUGAUCACGGCCGCCGAGACGCAGGGCCGCUUCGGCAACGGCCAGGGCCAGGAGUUCGCCGAGGCCUACCUGCUGGAGUACUGGCGGCCGCGCCUGGGCAAGUGGGUGCGCUACCGCGACAUCAAGGGCCAGGAGGUGAUCACGGGCAACACCAACACCUACCUGGAGUCGAAGCGCGACCUGGACCCGCCCUUCUGGGCCAGCAAGGUGCGCUUCCUGCCCUACAGCUACCACCGCCGCACCGUCUGCAUGCGCGUCGAGCUGUACGGCUGCUACUGGAACGACGGCAUCGUGAGCUACUCCAUGCCGCAAGGCGACAAGCGCGGCUCCGGCUGGGAGUUCUUCGACGCCACGUACGACGGCCACUGGGACGGCGAGCUGCGGCGCGGCCUGGGCCAGCUCGUGGACGGCAAGGUCGGCCCCGAGAACUUCAAGAUGGGCUACUACGACUACGAGCGGGGGCAGGGCUGGGUCGGCUGGCGGAACGACACCCGCGGUGGCCAGCCCGUCGAGAUCAAGUUCGAGUUCGACAAGGUGCGCGAGUUCACGGCCGUGCACAUCUUCUGCAACAACCAGUUCAUGCGCGACGUGCAGGUGUUCUCCGAGGCGGUGAUCAUGUUCAGCGUGGGCGGGCGCUACUACUCCGGCGAGCCCAUCACCUACACCUACAUCGAGGACCGCAUCUUCGAGAACUCGCGCAACAUCUCCGUGAAGCUGCACCACCGCGUCGGCCGCUUCGUCAAGCUGCAGCUGCACUUCGCGGCCAAGUGGAUAAUGGUCAGCGAGGUCACCUUCGACUCGGACGUGGCGCACGGCAACUUCACGGCGGAGACUCCCCCGGUGCUGGACGCGCCUGCGCAGAGCGACGUCUACGUCGAGAAGAAGCAGGCCAACAGCCAGGCCGAGCUGCCAGUGUCGACGGCGCGCGAGGAGGACCACACCUACAUGGCGGUGAUCAUCGGCGUGCUGAUGGCCGUGAUCCUGCUGCUCGCCGUCGCCAUCUACCUGAUCGUGUCGCGCCACCGCCAGCGCAAGUGCUUCGCCAGCCCGCUGGCGGCCAAGCCGGCGCUGCCAGGCCACCAGCAUCUGCCGCCCGACAGCGCGAGCGGCACGGCCGAGAAGGGCGCCUCGCUCGCGUCCUACUGCGCCAAGGAGCCGGGCGUGGACGACAACUGCAACCAGGCGGCGGGGCGCCAGGCCGACCCCGCGUCCGCGCUGCUGGUGGACGUGAGGCUGGACGACUACCAGGAGCCCUACCAGGCGCUCAAGUACGCGCCCUACUACAGCUACAGCACCGUCGUCAUGGAGAUGCGCGACCUGCUCGACAAGUGCGCCGCCACGCAGUCAGACACGUCGUACGACUACGCGGUGCCGGAGCUGGGCACCCUGCCACUGCUCAGCCCCGAGCAGACACUGCCGCUGCCCGUCGUCAGCAGCGCCGCCAGCGACAAGGACAGCGUCUUCUCGAAGGGCUCGUCCUCGGGCAAGGGCAGCAAGGCGGACGACUCCAAGGGCAAGAAGAGUCCCAGCCAACAAGAGGUGCUGAGCGCUUUGAAGAGGAGGUUGGAGCAGACAGCAGUGCCCGAGUUUCCUAGGCACAGGCUGCGGAUGCUGUCGAAACUGGCCGAAGGCGCGUUUGGCACGGUGUACGUAGCGGAAGCGGACGGAAUCCCCGAGUACGGAAUGGCGGCGUCGCUCGGCAAGCGUCUCGUUGCCGUCAAGUUCCUGCUGCACGACGCCAGCGAGAAGGAGAAGCUGGACUUCCACCGCGACGUGCGCAUCCUGGCGGCGCUGGAGGACGCCAACAUCGCGCGCGUGCUGGGCAUGUGCAGCGCCGAGGAGCCGCUCUGCGUGGUCAUGGAGUACCUGGACCACGGCGACCUGUGCCAGUUCCUGCGCACGCACGUGGCGGCCGAGGGCGCGCGCGGCCUGCCGCCCGGCCUCAAGACGCUCAGCUUCAACUGUCUGCUGUACAUGGCGGCGCAGAUCGCCUCGGGCAUGAGGUACCUGGAGAGUUUGAACUUCGUUCAUCGGGACCUCGCCACAAGGAACUGUCUGGUUGGCAAGGCAUAUCACAUUAAAAUUUCGGAUUUCGGUACUGACAACGAGUUAUACGCAGCGGACUACUACAAAGUGGAUGGAGCGGUCGCCCUUCCAAUUCGUUGGAUGGCUUGGGAGUCUGUUUUCCAGGGCAAGUACACGACGAAGAGCGACGUGUGGGCGUUCGCGGUGCUGCUGUGGGAGAUCCUGCACCUGGGGCGGCGGCAGCCGUUCGACGGCCUCACCAACCCGCAGGUGGUGGAGAACCUGUCGCACAUGCACUGCGACGACCGCCAGUACAUGUUCCUGCCGCGACCGGCGCCGCCCUGCACCAAGGACCUCUACGACCUCAUGUUCGAGUGCUGGAGGCGGCACGAGCUGGAGCGGCCCACCUUCCGCGAGAUACACCUGUUCCUGCAGCGCAAGAACCUGGGCUACGCCCCCGUCACGUGAUGCUAGCGGUGCCGAGUCGCUCCGCCGCCUCAGUGCUGAGCCGGUGCCACGGCCUCGCACCGCGAGCUGCAGUGCACCUCAGCUCUGCUGCGCUCGUGCUCAGCCGAUAGCGAAGCCAAGUAUCGGCCAAUAUUCGAGGUAUCAAUAUCGGCCUUGCAUCUAGAUCCUGCUAGGCGAGCCUACAAUGCUUGAUCGGUUACACCUCAGCUCUGCUGCGCUCGUGCUCAGCCGAUAGUGAUGCCCAGUAGCGGCCAAUGUUCGAGGUAUCAAUAUCGGCCUUGCAUCUAGAUCCUGCUAGGCGAGCCUACAAUGCUUGAUCGGUUACACCUCAGCUCUGCUGCGCUAGUGCUGAGCCGAUAGCGAAGCCAAGUAUCGGCCAAUAUUCGAGGUAUCAAUCUGUCACUAACUCGGCAUCGCCUUUUAAUACCGUAAACCUUGGCACCCAGGUGCUGUUAAGUGAGCCUAUAAUAUAUUUGUCGAUUCCAUCUCCUAAGCUCUGCUGCAUUCGUGCUUAACUCCUCUUCGACACCAAUAUCUGUCAUUAAUCGAAUUAUUGAUAUCGGAUGUAUUUGGUAUCAAAACCUAAGGCUCUAUACCCUCGCACCGAGUUUGAGCUAAUCGAGUCAUAAACGCAGGAUCGGUUCCAUUUCCUAGCUUUGCUGAGUUAGUGCGGAGCCAAUACCAAGUAUUUGGCAAUAUUAAAUGUAUUCAUAUUGGAUUUAUUGCUGAUACUUCCAAAAAAUUGUAGUUGGUUCCAAGAACUAAAUAUUAAUAUCCAUUAAUAAUAAUUAGUAGAGAAUUUAAUUAUUGGUAACUGUGCUUUGAAAUCACCUGGUAGAAAAAAUAAAUAUGAAGAUAUACUCGGUGUUGGAAAUAUCAGCUAAAAUUGACAGAUAUUAGCCAGCGCAUAUUAGGAAAAUUGUUUAAUGUCUGACCAAAAUUAUUCUAACUGAAAGAAAUCUCAAUCCACCUAAGGUGUUUUGAGUGCUUAAGAAUGCUUUGCUUUUUUAUGAAACUUGAUAUAUAGGGUCUACCAAGCUUUCAUCAGUACAUAAUAUUUUGAAGGAUACUGAGAUUCAACAUUUUUAUUUUCAAGAAAAGAACUACAAAAUUACAAUGUACAUUUUUUCGCUAAUUGUGUCUAGCUGGCCGGGGAUUUUUGAAUUGUUUUUGUCAUUCUAUACAUUGUUUGCCAGCUCGUAAUUAAUGAAAAUCAUCAUGAAAUUAGAGAAUAUAAGUAUUAUUGUGGCAGAUGAUUGGAAAUAACUUGUGUCCCAAAAACUAAGAAAUUAUAUUAUUUUUAAUCUAUGAUGCAUCACGCACUGUAGGCUUUGCAUGUUUUCAUAGCUAGUUAUUGCAAAAACUUGGUUGAGUUAAUUCAAGAUAUAUAAUUUGACUAUUAGUGGAUGUUGACCUUUUCUUGCUAUGUAUCGGUGACUUAGAUAAAUAAAGUUUAUUGUUACAUUUUAUUAAAUGCCCAUUGAAUGAAAUAAAAUAAAAAAGUUUUUACAAAUUAGUAGAAUUAAAUGCUUUAUUUUAAAAAUUACAUUUUAAACAACUUUAAAGCUUCAUAUUUAUCAGAAUAUAUUAAUUAUUCUUGAAAAAAGUUUGGUUUUAUAAAAAAAAUAAAGUGUACAAUUAUGUUAUUAUUAUUAUAUUAUUAUUAUUUUGUAUUGUAAGUAUGGAUUGUUAUAGUUUUAAAUGUGUCCAUGCAUUUAAAAUACUAAUACUAAACAUAUUGGUGAAUGAAAUAUUCCUUUAGACUGGAGACAUGUUAUUGUGUUAACACUAAUAUAAAAUUUUAUGUAUUAUUUCCAACUUAGUUAAUUAAAAAUGUGGAAUGAAGUAAAGUAGUGUUAUGGAAUAAACUGUUAAUUUUGAUGUAGUGAUGUAAAUGUGAGACAAAAAAAUAAACAAAAAACAUGUUUUGAAACGAACAAGCAUAUAUGAAUGCAAUAAGUCUGAUAUUUAUUGAACUAUUAUGCUAAGUUACUGGAUGUAGGGAUAUACUUGUAGUGAAAUAUGUGGAAUGCUGUUGUGUUCUGUGUACUACAGAAGUUGUAAUACUAUACUCUAAACAUGUUCAUUGUCAGCUUUUAAAAUAAUUCAAACAGGUGCCUCUUGUGGAUGAUGUUGAAGUUAUAUGAAUGACCAAUUCACUCUCAAAAUAAAUCUAGUGAUAACUUAAAAGAGUGGUAUUGAAUAUUGAUGGUGGUAUUGUAAUAAUACUUUGUACUCUAAAAGAAUGUAACAGAGAAAUUUAAGACAUUCAAACACUGUUAGUGUUGCAAAAUGACAAUAGAUAUAAAAGCUAUAUAUUAUUCUUCACAGCUAUUGCCUUGGACUUUAACCUUGUCUGUUAUUUUAAAUAUGGAAUAUUUAUUCUUAUUAGCAUUAGUACACUAUGUUUCAUAAUUGAUUUUAUGCCAAAUCUAUAUUUUUGGAAUCAAUAGUGGAAGUUAUGUUUUAUUCUAGUGAUAAUAGUACUUGUGUGAAAAUGAAACUAUUUUAUAAACUAUUACGUAUUUCUGACUCGUAAUCAAUUAAUUGUAAGUACAAUCCACAUGUCUAGGAACCUUGAUCAUUCUACCAGAAACGAAAGAAAUUGAAUCCAUUUCCUGUUUGGGACUGUAUUUUAUGUUUAUAGUCUUGCAAUACAUGUAACUAAUGUGAAUCUCAAUAUUUGCUUAGCGAGCUGAAAUAUAAUUUUACAAAUUACUCUAAUGGUAACAUAAUACUCUUUGCCAAAUAACAUACUCAAUUUAAUUAGUUGUCUUUUUAAAAUUUAUUGCCAUGUUGUUACUUAAAGCUAUUAAGUUUAUAAACAAGAACAGGAAACUUAGAAACAUAUUGGGUAAAUGCUGAAAACCAGUGUAAAAGUAAAUCAGAUAUAAAACAUUUACCAUUAUAAUUUUUUUUAAAAGAUUGCAACUUAUUAUUGGGUUUGAUUUACAUUUAAUAUGAUUUUAGUAUUAAAUAUAAAGACAAAUAUUUUUUCAAACUAAUGGUCACAGUUUUUGUGUUAAGUUCAGUAGAAUUUUUACCCUCAAAUCUUUGAUUUAAAACUUGAUGAAUAUGCUUCCCACAGAAAUGGAUAAUAACUGUAUGGAAUUAUUUCCUGGCCAUUUAUUUAUUUAGUGGGAUAUUCAAUAAUGAAAAAGUCUUAUUUUUUAUAAUAAUAUGUUUAAUAGCAUAAUAAUAAAUAUUAUGGUUUUAUAUUUUCUUGAAAAUUUCCUUGAAAGUACAUUUUGGAUAUGGGUAUUGGUCAUUUUAAUAAAUUAAGUAGGUAUAGGCCUAUACUUUGGUCUGUUUUUUUAAUGCAUAUAUU